AUGCCGUGGCCGGGGAACGACUCCUUCGGCCGGGCUGCCCCCUCAGACACCGACCGGUCUUCGGCGGGGGGAGGCGGGCCGGAGGCGGUGAUUGUGCCGGUGGUGUUCGGGCUGAUCUUCGUGGUCGGGGUGGUGGGUAACUCUCUGGUGAUGGUGGUGAUCGGGAGGGCGAAGCACCACGGCGGCGGCGGCGGCGCGCGCGCGCUCAGCCCCACCAACAUCUUCAUCCUGAACCUGAGCGUGGCGGACCUGCUCUUCCUGCUCUUCUGCGUGCCGUUCCACGCCACCAUCUACACGCUGCCCGAGUGGGUGUUCGGGGCCUUCCUCUGCAAGUUCGGACACUACUUCUCCUUCGUCACCAUGCUGGUCAGCAUCUUCACGCUCGUGGCCAUGUCCGUGGACCGCUACGUGGCCGUGGUGCGCUCCAGGAAGUCCGCGUGCGUGCGGAGCCGGCGGAACGCGCUGGGGGGGCUGUGCCUGAUCUGGAGCCUGUCCCUGCUCCUCUCGGUCCCGGUGGGGCAGCACCAGGUGCUCACGAGCUACCCCCCCGGCUCCAACAGCACCUUCUGCUGGCAGAGCUGGUCCGGAGCCUCCAAGCGGGCCUACAAGGUGUCGAUCCUGGUUCUGGGCUACCUGCUCCCGCUUCUGCUCAUCUGCUGCUGCUACGCCCGGGUCUUGUGCCACCUCCAGAAGAAGAUGAAGACCAUGUCCAAGAAGUCAGAGCGCUCCAAAAGAAAGGUGUGCUGUAGACCAGGGGAGGUGGACGAGGAGAGGUCCAGGUGGGAGGUGGACCAGGAGAGGUCCAGCUGUGUGGACAAGGGGGGGUCCAGCUGUGGACCAGGAGAGAUCCAGGGGAGGUGGUCCAGGAGAGGUCCAGCUGUAUGGACCAGGGGAGGUGGACCAGGAGAGGUCCAGCUGUGUGGACUAGGGGAAGUGGACCAGGAAAGGUCCAUUUAUGUGUAUCAGGAGAAGUCCAGCUGUGGACCAGGAGAGGUCCUACCACCUGGUCUGGCCCAGAUGCCAGAGGCCUGA